AUGCUGGCAGCCAAUUGUAAAAGAGAUUGUGACUACGUGAAGAGAACAGAUGAUCGUUUCGCCUCUCUGCGUACUUUCCCCACCGGGAGCUAUUACGAAGGAACCAAAUGUAGCGUGGGGCCUGAGCCCGAGUUGGGUCGGUCAUGCGCAGUUUAAGAGACCCACGACUCGUGUAACUGUUGUGCUAGUUUAGUAAAGUGAUUCGAACGCUAGCUGUGUUAGUUUUGUUACAUUUGGUGGCAGCGGUAGGAUUUUUGCCAUGGAAGAUACCGUGAAAGCUUUAGAAGAGAAAGUAGCGCUCCUCGAGGCCAAACUUGGAAAGAAAAGUGAAAGAAAGGCUGGUGCAAGCGGCAGUUCACCGACCACGUCGCCAGAAAACCCGCUUUGCAUCAAACCGGAGAGCUUCUCUGCGACGUCCAGCGAAAGUUGGGUGGUUUGGAUACGGAAAUUUAAAAGUAUUGCAGCCCUUAACAAGUGGAGUCCUGAACUUCAAUGUCAAAUAUUACCCACGUACCUGAAAGGCCUUGCCGAACAGACCUAUUACAGCCUGACUGCCGAACAAACAGCCACGUGGACAGCCGUUGAACGCGCUCUGACAGAUCGAUUUCAUCCUAAGGAAUCUCGUCAGGUACACAUUUCCGCUCUACGAGCCAAAUUAAGACGUCCUGACGAAGAUCUACAUCAACUGAGGUGCGACAUUUCUCGUCUUGUGGAGCUGGCCUAUCCGGAUGACCCCCCGGAUAUACUCAAUCGCACGGCCAGAGAUUUCUUCGUGGGUGCUUUGACCCCUAUUAUAUUGCGAGAGAAGGUGUUGGAUUUGGGGCCCAAUAAUUUGGAUGAGGCCCUAUACCGGCAGCUCAGCGCUAUGAAUCAAAUCAAAAAAUGCUAAACAAGGGAAGUGCUCGAGUACUGUCUUCAACAUCCGGGGAGCAAGAACAGUUAGGCUCCCAACAGGGCACCCAAGAACCCCCAGCGUGGGCUAAGGAGCUUUUUCAGCAGCAAGCUGAAAUCUUAGAGAAGCUGAAGAAUAUUCCUCAAGGGAGGUAAGGUAGGAAUGAAGGUGUAGAACCUGGACAAGGCCCCAGAGCAUGUUUUAAGUGCGGUAGCCUGUCUCAUUUUAUUCGUGAAUGUCCACAUCAAGUCCGUCCCGACCAGGGAAACGGGAGAUGGGCGGGGCGCAGCCGAAAGUGACCGCCCGAGAAUCCAAAGGGAGCAUUUUUGCCUUGUCAUGUCAAUGGUGUUAAGUCCCAAGCCUUAUUAGACACAGGUGCAGAAGUAAGAAUUAUCAGUGAAGACCUAUACAGUCGCUUCAAGACACAUAUAAACAAACUUGAGCCCGCACUGAAGCCUGUCCUGGGGGCCAACAAUAUGCCACUUGAUGUGGUUAGAGAAACAGAAGUAACAAUUCAGCUGGGCGCAAUCAGGGCUAAGCAUAAAGUGCUGGUGUGCCGAGGCUUGGCAUAGCAAGUGUUGAUUGGUAUAGAUUUUCUAACAGCUCACAAAUGUAUCAUUAACUUUGACACUAACACUGUCUACAGUAAGGAGGGACCCAACGGAAUGGUUUUUGGAUGCCUUGAUAGAGUUUACAGGAUCACUGUGGCCGAAACCGUCACAUUAUCUCCAAAUAUGGUCGCAGACAUACCUUGUGAGGUCCAAGGGGUAGAUGACUUAGACGAAUGUAUGGCUGUACGGACAAGUUUUCAGAAAGAUAUUCAGCUGGGGCCUUUCGGACGGCCGUGACUGUGAAAGGAGGUCGAAUCCCAGUUCGUGUGUUCAAUUACCUUAUCAAGCCCCUCAAGAUUUACAGGUGUAGCAGUAUGAGGGACCUCUACCGAUUAGCUGGCGAGGUGGAAUCACAGGAGGAAACCAAUGCGGGUGUGGGCUACAUGGUGGUACCCACUGCGGCCUCAAAGGAAGAUGUUGAGGUUGGAUUGGAAGCUAAACAGUGUGGUGCGGUUUUUGUGGGGGAUGCUGACGUUCACAGUUUAUUGGUAGAAGAGAUGUUCCCGAUCAGCAGCGAUUUGGUCCCGGAAGAGGAAAAACUUAGGAAUUAUGAGGUCUUCUCCACUUACGCUGACUGCCUUUCAAAGGGGCCGUGGGAUUUAGGUACUGCAAAGGGCGUACAACAUACCAUCGACAUAGGCUCUUCCAAGCCAAUCCAGGUACCGCCACGAAAAGUUCCCUUUCACAAAAGACAAGAAAUGCGCAACCAAGUGGAUUAAAUGCUCGAAGCAGAGAUCAUGACGAGCUUUGAAGCGCGAAAAAAUUUUAUGCAAAUUAGCUGGCUGCACAUUCAAUGUGCAGCCAGCUAAUUUGCAUAAGUAAUUCAAAACCAAGGUUUGACAGCUCUAGGCUCUUGAGGUGUUACCUGAAUACCCUAGGACUUCCGUAAAUUGCCCACAAAAGAGUAACCCAAGCUACCAUAAACUGAAAUGAAAGUAACCGCAAUAUCCGAUUAAAGCAAGGUUUAAAUCUUUUUCUGCUCGGCUAACUCUCUUCCGAGACACUUGCUAUUUUGGUAAUAAUAAAACGCCAUAAACAUUUUACAUUGCGCCUUUUUCAGUCUCGGGCAGUAAGUUAUAGUAUGAAAUGGAGGUAAACUCAAGAAUUCAGUUUUGUGACUGCCCUGCAACUUUGAAACUAUUUAAGCCGCUUCCUAAAAGGCCGGGAAAAUGUUUUUCGUAUACGCUACCCAGGAUACUACAGGAAUGAUUAGAGCAUUUUUACGAGUUAACUGUAGAUUUCAGGUAUACACUACCCAGGAUACUACAGGAAUGAUUAGAGCAUUUUUGCAAGUUAACUGUAGAUUUCAGGUAUACGCUACCCAGGAUACUACAGGAAUGAUUAGAGCAUCUUUACGAGUUAACUGUAGAUUUCAGGUAUACACUACCCAGGAUACUACAGGAAUGAUUAGAGCAUUUUUGCAAGUUAACUGUAGAUUUCAGGUAUACGCUACCCAGGAUACUACAGCAUUGAUUAGAGCAUUUUUUGAGUUAACUGUAGAUUUCAGGUAUACACUACCCAGGAUAUCUGCAACGCAGAUAACAAAAGCUCAGGAAACAAGGGGACCCUGCAUGACCCAGCGAGGCUGCUUGUCUGCGAAUUUUUUUUGAGAAAACAGCUGACUCUCUCGAGUGUUGAACUAGAACAGAAUAAUCCAGAAUUAUAAUUUUAAACAUCAUUGCUACUGAUAUAAUUAUUAAGUUUUCUUACCUGUCUGGAGUCUCUUCCACUGAUGUCAAUGAUCUGGGCGCCAAACAAACGCGCGCGGUACAUAUUUCCCGCCACAAAUAAUUAAAAGCACUUUCAUGAGACGGUGAUCAAAAUGCAAAAGCAAAAUAGGAAAGCCGGCGCCAAAUUGCUAGAGGCUAGCGAUCGUUUGUUGGGCGGCGUGUGAUAGAGUGAAACUGACAAAAUAUCGAGAAAUCUGGACAGAAUCUUUUUGUAAUACAUUAUCAAAAAUUAUGUGAAAUACAUCAUCAGAGAACACGUGCGAAAAAAAUAAUUUCGGCUCGAUAUUUUUUCUCGGUAUUUUUCAUCGACAAAAAACCGAAACAUUAAAAAUCACGACUUACCAUCAAUUACUCGGCUAGACAAAGCUAAACUUACCAAAGUCGAUAACCAAGUAAGGAUUUCCUACAGAAAUAAUUUGCCACUCUCGUUUAGCAGUGUAGUGGUCGAACUUGACGUAGGUUAAAACGGAUUCGUUUUGCCGGCAUCUUCCCGUUAAAUUAAAGUAGAUUUAACACUUGCCAGGAGUAAUUAGAAAUCUAGCCAUUUUGCUCAUAGCUUCGCAAAUGCAACCAGCUUUAUGCAGUAAAGCGACAGAAACUUUAGCGAAAUAUUCACACGCGACAGUCGCGACAACCGCAGUAAAUCUAACAAAUGAAACAAGAUGCUGAGAGAAAAAAAGGGCUUCAUUGAUUGUUUCCGGCAGGCGGUGACAAGUAAUGUACGAGAUUAGAAGACCUCCUGGUCAGAAUUUUUUUUGUAGCCUAAGCCCGUCAUGUAGAACCGUCUGAUUCCCCUUGGUCGUCUCCGGUGGUUUUAGUAGCGAAACCUGAUGGCAGUCAACGUUUCUGUGUGGACUACCGCGCCCUUAACUCGGUAACCAAGCGAGAAUUGUACCCGCUUCCUUGGUGUGAUGACAUAUUGGAGAGUUUAUCGGGGGCACAGUGGUUUUCUCAUCUCGACCUCCUUAGGGGAUAUUGGCAAAUUGAUGUGGCAAAGGAAGAUCGGGAAAAGUACAGCGUUCGCAACUCCGGAUGGUCUUUACCAAUUCCGUAAACUAAGUUUUGGCCUUACGAAUGCACCUGCAUGUUUUAUGAGGGCUAUGCACCUUAUCUUGAAGGGCUUAUGCUGGUCAGACUGUCUAGUGUAUCUAGAUGAUAUCAUUGUCUUUGGUCGAACACUACAGGAGCAUAGGGAGAGACUGUCACUUGUCUUGUCACGCUUGACAGAAGCAGGCUUGAAGAUUAACCCCAAGAAAUGCAAGCUCUUGUGUGAACAGGUGGUUGUGUUAGGUCAGGUCGUGUCACGGGAGGGCAUAUCUACUGAUCCAGAGAAAAUAAGAGUCAUAAAGGAGUGGCCGGAGCCAGUUGAUGAGAGUCAGCUGAGAGCGUUCUUGGGGACGGCUGGUUACUAUAGACAAUUUGUGCCAAACUACGCCCAAAUUGCAUCCCCUUUGCACCGCGCUUGUCAAAAGGGGGACCGUUUCAGAUGGACAGCCGAGUGCGAGGAAGCUUUCCAGGACAUCAAGCACAGAUUGUCGAGUGCUCCCAUCCUGGCUUUUCCCCAGCUAGACGUACCGUUCAUCCUGGACAGUGAUGCCAGUGACAGUGGGCUGGGGGCGGUGUUGCCGCAGUUUCAAUGAGGGAAAGAACGUGUAAUAGCAUACACAGCGCGUGCUCUAUCAAAGGCUGAAAGGAACUAUAGUACCACCCGCAAGGAGCUGUUGGCCCUCGUGUGGGGAACGGAGCACUUCGAGACAUUCUUUUACGGGCGACGUUUUCUGGUCAGGACUGACCAUAAUGCUCUGCAGUGGCUACGGAACUUUAAAAACCCUAGAGGCCAGGUGGCUAGGUGGCUUGAUAGGCUUAGUGACUUCGAUUUCGAGGUGGAACAUCGUCCGGGUCAGUUGCACGGCAGUGCGGAUGGACUGUCCCGCCUUCCCUGGGACGAGAGUGCAUCGGUUAAGGUAGAGAGGGACGCCACCCUGAUUCAGUCUGUGAAUAUGGAACCCAUGUCGAGAGAAAGUAUACGUGCAGCCCAAAACCAAGAUCCUGUUCUGUCGCAAGUUGUGAGGUGGCUUGAAACUGGUGUCAGACUCGCUAGAGGCGAUGUGGAAGGAGGGGGGCGCAAACUUUUGUCAUACUGGUCACAAUGGAGAAGGCUGUCUCUCAGGGACGGUCUGGUGUUUAGACGUUGGGAACACGAAGUGACAGGCGAAGAGAUUUAUCAUCAAAUCUGCUUGCCCGAGAGCGUCGUGUCACAAGUGUUGUGCGCCUUGCACAACAAUCCUUCAGCAGGCCACCUUGGCGUGUCGAAGACUCUAGAAAAAGUGCGGAGGAGAUUUUAUUGGCAUGGCAUUGCGGGAAGAUGUCGAAAUGCACGUGAGAAGGUGUGUCCCAUGUGCUACAGUCAACGACCCCUUAUAAACAUUAAGGCAGGGCACCCCCUACAAAGGGUUGCAAUAGACAUCGUAGGUCCCACACCAAGAUCUACCUCUGGCCAUGAGUGGUUGCUGGUGGUCUCCGAUCAUUUUACUAAGUUUGCUCAAGCCUUCCCAGUGAGAAACACCUCAGCAGUCACGCUGGCGAAGAAGGUGAUGGAUGAAUACAUAUGCCGUUUCGGGUGUUUCGAGGGGCUGCAUUCUGAUCAGGGAGCCAAUGUGGCUGAAGCUGUAUUCAAAGGUCUGUGCGAUUUAAUUGACGCAGCGAAAACAAGGACAACGCCCUACCAUCCCCAAGGGGAUGGGUAGGUAGAGAGACUGAACAAAUCUCUGGUGAAGAUCCUUAGUAAGCUGAUUUCUGACCAUCGCCGAGACUGGGCGGACUUUGUGCCGAAAGCAGUUCUUGCUUACAACACUAUUGUGCAUGAGUCGACGGGAUUUACCCCUUAUCGCUUAAUGUUCGGCAAGGAAGCUAUUCUGCCAUUGGAUGCUCUCCUUAGGCUUGAGACAACACCUUCCCAAGGGUCGGCACGGACAUACCCCGAUUAUGUUGUUGAGUAGAAGCAGCACUUGGAAGAGACGGAGCAGGUAGGGAGAGAGAAACUCAAGCGAGCGCAAAGGUCCCAGAAAGCUUAUUAUGACACCAAGUGCCAUGGUCAGCGGUUCCGUGUAGGAGACCGGGUUUGGUAUAGAAACCGAACCAGGACGAGAAGGAAGAAAUUCCUCAAACCCUGGUGUGGUCCUUGGAAGGUGGUGAAAGCUCUAUCUGAUGUUACCUAUCGCAUUGAAGAGGAGAGGCGGAAGCCGGGAAAACGUCGUCAGAGGAAGGUGGCCACUUCAAUUAUCUGAAGCCAUGCUUUUCGCCACCUGAAACCCACGAGAAGCCCUCACAGUUAACCUCUUCAAGCCAUGCGGAAGAUACGCCACAAGGGGAGAACCUGAGGGACGGGCAGCAACCGUCUCGAGGAACCUUAGUUGACUCUGGAGAUGUCGAACUGGAAUGGCUGGAAAAUCCAGUUGCUACAGUCACAGAAGUUUCUCAUCCCUUCCAGGAGCGUGAAUAUAGUGGUGAAUCUAGUGGUACAUUAAGUACAUCCCCUCGAACUGCUGACCUGCCGUGUCAAUCUGAGGUUUCUCAAGUGAGUGAUGAACCGCGUCGUGAACCGUGUCAUGCUGCGAGGCCGAGACGUGAGUGAAGGGAGCCUGUCUGGCUACGAAACUAUGUUAGAACAGUGUUGUUUACCCAACCUGGCCCUUGAACUUUGUAGGAACAUUUGCAUGCUUAAGUUAAAAAUUCUCUCUUGUACUUCGGACCUUAUGUGGGAGGGGGUAGUGUAGCGUGGGGCCUGAGCCCGAGUUGGGUCGGUCAUGCGCAGUUUAAGAGACCUACGACUCGUGUAACUGUUGUGCUAGUUUAGUAAAGUGAUUCGAACGCUAGCUGUAUUAGUUUUGUUACACAAAGUUAAAGAGCCCAACGAGUUUGAUUUGAUGCUGGUCAUGGAGGAUUUACCUGUUCGUUAUAUUGGUUACAGAAUCAGAGGAACCAGUUUUUUACAUAAACGGCCUGAUCAGUUAUAUCGGUGACAUGAACGCUGGAAACAGGGCAACAGAUUAUACACCAUUGGGUGAGUACAUCAGGUUUAUUCGCUUUUUUCAAUUCACCAAAUUAAUCACGUGUUUUCCAUCAACUAGCUUUUCCAACCGUGUCUAGUUAGGCAACGAACAGUUGAGUUAGCGAACACUGCACGGGCCAUAUCCACUAAUAUCCUCUAUGAUUUGUCACAUCUUGUUUUAAAACAUGGGUGUAAACUGCGAGAUAAAAAAGCGAUAGCGCCUUUUAGUUAAAACUAUCAUUAAGCCAAAUCAGGGAUGUCAAGUCACAUCGACUAAUAGCUUUUGCUUUCAGCGAAGCGCUUUUAUAUAGAACCGCACCCAAUAACAACGUAAACGUCCAUAGAUAUAUAGUACAAAAUUAAUAUAGCCCCAAUUAUGAGCCAAUUAUAGUAUGUCGAAUGUAAGUCGACCUUGUCACGGUUUUGGAAGCCAUCUUGACGGCUAGGUUGAACCUCGUGAGAAAUUACGUAUACAGUGUUUGUAUGAUAAUCUAAUGUCGAAAAAUAUCCGUAAAAUGGCUGUUCUGAAAACAAUAUGAAUUGUGAACUAAAGCUAGCUACAAAGCAAAGGAUUGUACAACAAAAAUCUUGGGGGCGAACCUGUGCUUAAAUUUCUCCAGAGGCUUGUUUUGGAUUUUCCACAUAUUUGUCUUUAAUUUUUCCCGGGGCUUUCUUACAGACUGCAUAUGUAUACAAUAUGUAUAGAAAUUCUAAAAAAAUUGAUUUUAGGUCUUCUAGUGCAUGUGACGCCCUCACUUUUUUUCAGUAAAAUCCUCAGGAGUAAAACUUUAGUUUACAAUUCGUAUUUUUUCCAGAACAGCCGUUUUACGGAAAUUAUUCGACAUUAGAUUCUCAUACAAACUCUGUAAUUUCUCACGCGGUUGUCAAGAUGGAUUCCAAAACCGUGACAAGGUCUUUCACCCAGGACACUGAUAAAACGUACCUAAAAGCGUACCCCCGGCCGUUAUAAAUAAAACGAUGUGUCCACUUUCUAAGCAACGCGUUUUACACAUCGGAAUUCCAUCGUGUUCUUUUAUCUAAGAGUUAAAUUACAUUUAAGUCUUUAGUACUUUUAAACUACCAGACAAAAUUAUAGUUCCAAUUAAACCUUGUGACAUGUCUUUAAAUGAGGUUAUGUUCCUUAUUUUUUUGUGUGUGUUUAGGAUUCGUUCGAGUAUUCAUCAAUAAUGAAGCUAACCGUCUUAAGUGGAAGCGUGAUAGCUGUCUCACACAGGAAAUGUUAAACGCUUCACAAGUUAAAGCAGUGUUAAGAAGGCUUGUUGGCGAAGCCAUUGUAAAUCUGGGUUUUAAUCCAAGGUAAGCAAACAAGACUCUUUUAAACAGAGCCGGACAAGCAUUCGCGCAUUAAAAAAAUAUAUAUGGCUCGAGAAAAGCCAUGGCGCGCAGAACGCGUCUUCUCUUUCCUUGUGUGCAAUAGUCUCGUACCACUGUAGAGCUCUUCUGAAACUACGCGAUUAUGCGCGCGUCUCAUCGUCCUCCUUUGGUUGGCUAAUAUUAAGCUAUUAAGCAGUCUCAUUAAGCUAUCUCAGUUUCCCAUAGCUUUAAACAAGAGACAACAUAGUAGCCAUGGGCCUUUCUCAAAAAUGUAAUCCGCCUCGUGUUCGAGUAUAACCAUUAAGAAAAAACGGCAAAAGCUGUACGUCAAGAAGGAAAAAACGAGGAUUCUUCCUUUUUUACAGAUUGCUAAAUUACAGCGUUUUAGUUCAGGCUUUCCCUGGUCGUUGCUAGUUUGCUCUUAUUCCUCCGUUUUUGCCUUUUGCUGGGAGUUUAUUAGGCUUUUAUUUGUUCACCGGAAAAAAUUGUUCAUCCCACUUUGUUGUGAAAGAUACAUGUUUUUUGUCGUUUUUCCCUCAGGCCGGCUAGAUUAAGCCGCCAACAGUUGGUUAUCGAUUGAAAGAUCUAUUUCUCUUGUAUAAGUUGGUUGUUAAAGUCGUCUACGACAAUUAAAAGUUUCGAAGUCGAUGCCGAGCAGAAUAAUGAAUAAGGGAUUUGAACUGAACUAUCAAAUGAAAAAAACACGAAUAUUUUGGGUUAAAACAUCUCGAAUUAUGAAAACCACAUGGUGAAGCAAAGAAAAAACUCUUUGAACCAUGGUGGGGAUUGAACUCAUGGCUACUGUGGCUGAUCCCACUAAGCGAGAUGACCUGUUGGGGACAGGUCAGGGGAUACCAUUAUGGUAGUGAAUGGCGGCAAAGAGGAAAUGAAUGUUACUUUAUUGAGCCGAGCAGCACUUGUAACUCAAAUGAUAGAAGAGAGAGUUAACUUAGCAUUUAAAUUUAACAGUCACGCAUAAUCUCAGAAAUUCCCACUGAGCGUUCGCGGGAGCAUAGCGAAUGAGGGAGCUCAGCUUGAGAUAAGAAAUUAUUUUUAAAAUCUCGGUGCUAGUCAAACCCACGACCUCCGAAUUUGACACUGACAAUAAAAAGACGAAUUCCUUCCCUGCUAAUUCCCAUCUUCAGAUUUGUUGCUGUUAAGUCACAUGGUCCAGCAAUCACCCUGUACAUAACCAACACAAAUGAUGGCACAAAGUAUUCUGAGGACUUGACCUUGGCUAUCAAAUUCAUUGACUGGCCCGAUGAAGCUAUUGAGUGGAUUACAAGGCGACCGGGACCUAGCCUGGGUUUCUCCCGAGGUAAGCACAGUUUACGUAAUCUCCCGUAGCAAAAGGUAUUCUGGUGAAUUCCCUGUCGCUUUAUUUGUGUUGAGUAAAAGAGUGACUUUCUCCUUAUAUGUUUUCACUUUCAUGCUGCUAAUGAUUCGGUAAAUGUAGAUAGUCCCCCCUAUACAUACUCUCAGUUCUACGGAAGUUCGUUGCCCCUCUGAGGAUCCCCCCAGAUAAUUACUGGGAUUAUCGUUUGAGCCAUGCAGAUGCAGAAACUCAUGUUCACAGGGAGAAUGCUCGUUUUAUCGGUAACAAUUGUUGUUAUUUUUCUACUUGGUAAUUUAGGUUGGCCUAAUUCACUGCUCUUACAAGAAAUUCGUGACGGUGGUUGUCAUCUUGUUGCUAAACAACCAAAAGGAGACAACGUUCCAGAAGAUGAAAACGGAAUUUUCUGGAGAUUUUCUUUCUCUGCAGCUGAAAAAAAGCUGUUUCUCCUCGAAGGCCAUGGUGAAGCCAGCCCUUGCCGCAAACAGGUUUUAAGAAUUUUGAAGGCCCUGAGAGAGGAGUUGCAUCUUCAUCCAUUGACAUCAUAUCACCUCAAAACCAUCUUGUUACACGAAUGUGAAGCUUAUCCACAUCCAAACCAAUGGAGGUAUGAUAGUUUAAGUGGGAGAUUCCUUAGCUUUCUGCAGAGACUGGAAGACUGUUUGAGACAGUUCAACUGCCCUCAUUACUUCAUCGCACAUUUAAAUUUGUUCGAAUUCUUCGGUCGCCAAAGGUGUGAUGAAUUGGCUAAAAAAGUAAAGGAGAUAAUACUUCAUCCAGAGGUCUUAAUAAACCUUAUCAGGUAA